UUGAGACGACAGUGUUCAAAUUGUGGUGCGAAAACUAUGGUGCGAAUUUUGUUGGUGUUUUCUUUGAUAUUUACGGCUGUAUGUGGAAGUUAUAUAAAUCAUAGCGGUUGUGUUUUAAGUGCCGAGCCGCCGGAUCCAAAUUCAGAAUGCUGUGGAAUUGAUACUUUAAGUACCUUUAGUAUAGUUGGGGGUGAAAAGACAGAGCUAGAACAGUAUCCCUGGUUAGUCAGCAUAGAAUAUCACAACAGAUGGUACAACACUUAUAGCAUACGAUGUGGAGGGGUUCUCAUCAGUGGAAGAUACGUGCUGACUGCUGCACAUUGCCUGGCUGGAAAUAUUGAAGUGUUCGGGAAACCAGUUAACGUAUAUCUCGGUGAUUAUGAUAUCCGCAACAGUGGUCCCGAUUGCAUAAAAACAGACUAUGGUGAGAAGUGUACUGACGGAGCUCUCAAGACAAGAAUUCACAGUUACAUUGUACAUCCUGGGUAUCACAGUAACAAGUCCUCAAAUUUUAAUGAUAUCGCACUGAUUAGACUGUCAACUAUUGCACCUUAUACAAAUUUCAUUCGUCCAAUCUGCCUGCCAAGCUUCGAUAUAAUAUCGGCUCUUCCAUAUGAAUACUUCUUAUACGUAGCAGGAUGGGGUGCGAUUAAGCAAAAUUCUCCGUCUGGGUGGGGUGCGUAUCAGAAGUACGAAUAUGACGGGAUUAAGAGACAUGUUGCUUUGCCAUAUAAACCGAUUGAGUUCUGCCGCGCAGCUCUUGGUGCAUUCGUGAACCAGCAGCAUAUUUGCGCUGGAGGUCAACAAGGUAAAGACUCCUGCACUGGAGAUUCCGGAGGACCACUAAUGUUCGAAGACGAUGGCACCUAUGUAGCAAUUGGUAUAGUCAGUUUUGGAUCUGGAAAAGUACCUUGUGGUACUGAGAACUAUGCUGCUAUUUAUACUAAUGUUUUUGCACAUAUGAAUUGGAUUUAUAAAAAUAUUCAACAGUAA